GAGCCACGGCCUUUCCUCUGCUUUAUAACGUCUUAUACUAACUUAAUAAACUGAAAGAAAGCAGCAAAAAUGCCUGUUCAGUUGCUGAAGAUCAUUAAAGGAGAAUCUGAGGUUCCGCUACCAAGUCACUUGCAGAAAGAGGAAUUAAAACACUUGCGAGAAGGAAUUGAUUAUACCAACAAAUACUUUCAGGGAAUAGUUGUUCUUUCCUACGCAAUAACAAAACUCGGAGAUGGGACAGACUUUUUCAAGGUUGUUCUUCAAGAUUCAGAUGACUUAUGUUCAAGAAUUAACAGCAUCAAUAUUUUAAUACAUGGAAAAAUGGCAGAGGACUGUGCAAAAGUUAUACGUCCUGGGGACACCUUUGUAGUUGCUGGAUUUAAGGUGGCAAAAUCACCUACAGCUAAAGAAGAUGGCAGACAUGCUUACCACUUGAAAGUGUCUGAAGAAGCUGGAUCAGCCGUUUAUAUUUAUACUAAAAGGAGCACAAGGGCUUCAGAAAUGACAUCUGUGUCUGUUGCACCAAAAUAUGUGUAUACACCUCUGAAUCAUCUUAAAGGUGGAACAGUAGUGAAUUUGUAUGGAAUUGUGAAAUUCUUCAAGCCUCCUUAUGUAAGCAAAGGAACUGAUUACUGCUCAGUUGUAACAGUUGUGGAUCCAUCAAAUGCAAAGUUAACCUGCACUCUGUUUAGUGGAAAUUUAGAUUCCCUUCCAAAAAUUUACAAAAUUGGAGAUAUUGUUCGAUUUCACAGAAUAAAGAUCAGAGAAUACAAUGGGCAGAUGCAGGGAAUUACUAGUGGGGGAUUUGCAUCCUUGACAUUUGAUGGCACUGUAGGUGCACCUAUAGUUCCUCGAGCCUCCAGUAAAUUGUACACCUUCUUAGAUGAAGAGCAGAAAACAAUAGAAGAACUGCGUGCCUGGGCAGUUAGUAACCUAACCAUCUCCGGACCCACAGCGAAAUUAUCUGGUGUUCAGCCCAUGAUGUUCUUUGAUCUCACUUGCCAGCUGGUAGGGAAAGCAAGAGUGGAUGGCUCUUCUUUUCUUCUAAAGGUUUGGGAUGGCACAAAAUGCCCCUACCCAACGUGGAAGGUACCUGUGGAAUCAAGAGACUUGGAAGGAGAGAGAGGUCUACUUCAUCAGCUGCGAAAUCUCACAGUGGACAUUCUUGUCUAUGACAACCAUGUACAGGUGGCAAAAUCCCUUAAGAUUGGAAGUUUUCUGAGAAUUUACAGUAUUCAUACGAAGCAAGCAAGUGCUGACAAUCAAGAUGUACCACAUGUAGAAUUCCAUCUUCAUGGAGGCACCUGUUAUGGUCGAGGAAUAGGAGUCUUGCCAGAAAGUAACCAAGAUGUGAGAGAACUAAAAGAAUUUUUAGAAUCUGUGGAUCUGGCAGGCAGCCAGAAUUUGGAAAGCAUGUCUUCAGUGGAAUUAGAGGGCAUUUUUUGCAAUGUUGGAGAUUUUCAGUCCCACUUACAGAGAUGUCAGCAAUUAUCAGUAACAGUAUUAACAGAUCAUCAGGAUUUGAAUAACACAGGACUGAGAACUAUUCUGAACAGCCCUGCUCCUCAACAGUACCGCAUUAGAGCAAAGCUGAGAACUUUUAAACCUCAGAAGCUCCAUCAGUCUGUUAAACUUCAUUGUUCCAAAUGCAAUUCUUUGAAAGAAAUUCCAAAUGGAGAUGACCUCAACUUAAUUUUACAAGAAUCUGCAGCUACUGCCCCAAACCCAGAAUUACACAAUACAUCCUGGUAUGAUUCUGUGAUGUGGACUACACAAGAUCAGAACCAAAGGAAAAUAGCUAUACAUUUUGUAAAACAUGAUGAAAUGCUUCAAGAGCCAGAAGAUACUUUGCUUAUGAUAGAAGGUGGAACACUAAAAGAAAUCUGGAAGCUUUCAAGAAGAUUUAAAUGUGUUAUUCCUGUGAGAUCCUCUGAAGAUGAUCUUGCAUUAUUAGAUCUUUCUGCUCCUUUUCUUUUACAGGGGAGUGUAAAAUAUUAUGGGUGCAAGCAGUGCUCAACUCCAAAGACCAUCAAGAACCUAAGUACCCUUGCAGCAGAGCAACGACCAUCAUGGGAACCAACUGAAAUAGCAGAAGUUUUAGGUAUUGUGCCACUCCAGUAUGUUUUUAUUAUGAAGUUUACUCUGGUCGAUGGAACAGGAGCACUAAAUGCAUACCUUUUUGAUUAUGAAAAGUUUUUCCAAAUUCCUGCCUCUGAAAUCUUAACUAGUAAUUUUCUUCAACAAAAGAUGCAAAUGACCAUGAACACACUCUGUCCUCCAGGAAGAAAACUAGAUGACUUGCCGUGGCUGGAGUGUUUCAUCAGGUCCUAUAAUGUGACAGAUGGAAUGAAGCAUCAAGUUUAUUACCAGAUUUUUGAUACUACGGUUGCUGAAGAUGUUGUAUAAUGAUGUCCAGUUUCAGUUGGACCACAAAGACGGCAUUAAAAAAAGAGAAACAUUCUGUUCUUCAGAAAUCCAGGGUUUGUAUGUAUGUUAAAAUGUAUAGAAAUUGCACUUCAGAGUGUUUGCUCCUUGCCUGGCCAUACAGGCUUGUGAGCUGAUGCAAGUGGAAGUGGUCAGAUUGUUGCUGGAAGCUGUGUGGCUCAGGCUGAUGAAAUCGUCUAGUAUUCAGCUCUUAUCCAGGUUACUCUAAACUAGUGAUGAGGUUACUGUGCACUGACUCUAGUCAGAAUGAUUUUAAUUUGUUGCUUUUCCUGUUAAAAUAAAUGAGUUCUGAAGAAUCGGGCCAGAGGAGCUCUUGAGUAAACUUUUAAUCUCUCACACUAUCUCAUGUAAGUGUGCGUUGCUGUUCUCAGACAAUUUGAGAAGGAUGUUGUACAUUUUUAGAAAUGUAAAGUGUCCCAAAAAGGGACCAUGCUUAUUAACUGGAUCUGUGUUGUCAAAGACUCAUAUACUUCUCUAAAUUUACUGACCGAUUAUAUUGCCCAGAUCUGUGUUUUAUGUCUUCCAUAAUCAGAUUACACUACUGAACUUGGAGAUAGCAAACUGAUCUAGUGAUACCAUGGUUUGAAAAUGCUAACAGUAGAAAAUAAUACUCUGUGGUUUCUACUUGCACUUAGGUGUGUUUUACACAAAUUCAAGGCAUGUUUCUUUAAUGAUAAUUAAUGUAGAUAUUCCUGUCAAGUCAAAUUCUUUUCAGAACAAAAACACUUUAAUAUUUUUAAUGGGAGUUAAGAAGACAAUAUUUGCGAGUAGAUUAUUAUUUUGAUAUAUGUCAUUUUCUUAUUUAACUUUUCAGGAUUGUACAGUAAGAGUAAACUAUGCAAUUGUUUAAAAUUCAGAUAAUUUUUCAAAGCUCUAAUUUUUUUUUGCGCUGACUGUGUCAUAAACCUGGAGAUUGUGUUCUUUAUUGAUCACUGAUAGGAAGAACCAAUUUUAAAAGUGUUGAGUUUCUUGCUGCUUUAGAAAAUAAACUUCAGAAUGGAACAAGUAGUUUAUGUAAGAGUAGUGUUGGCUAAUAGAAGCU